AUGCAAACUCCACAGAAAAGCCCAAGCCUCAGACCCUUCAAGCAGAGGAAGAGCUUAGCAACCAGACAAGAGGAAGUUGCUGGAAUCCGGGCAAAGUUCCCAAACAAGAUCCCGGUGGUGGUGGAACGCUACUCCAAGGAGAAGUUCCUGCCCCUGCUGGACAAGACCAAGUUCCUGGUGCCUCAGGAGCUGACCAUGACCCAGUUCCUCAGCAUCAUCCGGAGCCGCAUGGUCCUCGGGGCCACCGAGGCCUUUUACUUGCUGGUGAACAACAAGAGCGCCGUCAGCAUGAGCGUGACCAUGGCGGAGAUCUACCGGGACUACAGGGACGAGGACGGCUUCCUGUACAUGACCUACACCUCCCAGGAGAUGUUCGGAGGCGCGCGGCCCGUGGUCCCAGGGGUGGAGCGGCCCGGGGGGCAGGCCCCCCUUGGGACUAGCCCUCCCACCCAGGGGCCGAUGCCAGCAGGGCCAACCAGGUCCCUCAUUGACACGAUGGACAGACAGACAGCUGGGCCUCCCCGCAGGAACAGCGCCAACCUGACCCGAGGUGCCGGCAGCCCUGCUCCCUCCGGUGCGCACGCGCUGUUCCCCGCAGAAAACCGCGGCGGCUCCUGCGAGUUCUGCAGCUAAUGGGUCUGUUCUGGGGCGCAGGCGCUUACGGGGCGUGGCUUUGUGCCACCGCGGAGUCUGCGGUGCCGGAGGCCGCAGGCCCUGGCGUGGGGUGUGUCCUGUGUGGCCGGAGUCCCGUGA